UGUCACGUGCCUCACCUCGACGUUGGUCUUCGCAGGAGUCCGUGUUUCUUCUGGUGGUGCAAGGGCGUGACCCUGGCUUUUUUGCUGGCGGCUUGCGUGACCUUGCCGUCGGUGGGUGCUCGACGACGGCGCAUCUUUCAUGACUGCACCGAGCGCCAUCUGGAGGAGUCUGAAGACAUCGCGGACCUGGUGGUCAGCGCCACCGUGGAGCGACUGCUGCACGGAGGGGCCCAGGUGAGCGCCCGCGUGAAGCGCGUCUUCAAGGGCCCCCGCGAGCUGAACGGCUCCGUGGUGCUGGUCGAAGGGCUGGACGGCGAGGGCCUGUGCGACGCCAAGCUGAGGGAAGGAGACACGCGGCUGUUCCUGCUCGAGGAGGUGGCCGCCUCCAUGGCUCGCACCAGGGUCCUGGCCAGUCCGCUGCGGGUCACCCUGCCCAACCUUGACAAGCUACAGGCGGCCGUCCACGACGAGCCGUAUCGUAGAAGACUGCACGAAAGGGACCUGCCCUGCGAGUCCAAGUAUUGCCCGUGGAACGGCGACUGCAACGAGAGCCGCCUCGGGGUGGCCCAGUGCAGCUGCCCGGGCAGCUGCGCCUACGAUCCGCUGGCUGUGCCCGUCUGUGGCCUGGACGGCGUCACCUACGCCAGUCGCUGCAAGCUUCGCGUCGACUCGUGCCGGCAGCAGAAGCGACUCUGGGCGAAGACGCUCGGGGCCUGCCAGAAGCAGCCGCUUUUCUACUCACCCAGGAGUUACCUGCGUUGACACUCCGCUUGAUUUCUCUUUUGAGGCGCCCUGCAGGGCGUCCUUAAAAACCUAAGCCGCGGUCGCACUGCCAGUGCAUCAUAUGGCCUUGUCAAGCUGCACGUGUUGCAACUUUUUGCCCCAGCUACCAUCUUUCCUGGUGAAAGAAAAAUAAAAUGAUUGAUUGAUUGAAAA